CAGAUAACAAAAGGGCCAAGCAGGGCAGCAUCUCGAAAGCUGCUUUGCUUUUGAAAACCACACAGCGUACCCAACAGGUAGCACAAGUCAGAUCCGAGUCCACAAUUUUCACGAUUUUUUAGGUAUGGUCUCUGCUGUAGCAUUCCAAAGUAUCUGCAAAGAUAGGUCAAGAUACUUGGUCGAGAUGAUACGGCAGCACCACUACUUUGUCUCUUGGCAACUGAAGGGCACAGGAGAGCCUAACGCGGUAGCCGCCGAGGCCUUGUUCGGUUGCAAGAAAGCGCAACUGCAGCUGGUGCAAUAUUAAUUAAGAUAGAGGAAUCUUCUGCAAGCAACUGCCCAGCAAAUUGUUUGUUGCUGCCGAUCACCAGUUGGCGGAGUGCCGAUGAGCAACUCGAAUGGUCGGGUGUGGGAGUUGAUCAUGUGACUGACAGCGCGCGAGCUCACGUACCUGCUCAGGUAUGAUUGUGGUGGGCAAUGCGAAUAGCGCAGCCGCAACCCAGCAAGCACCCAGCCAGCCGCUUGCUUCUAGCUGGAGCCAGUACCAUGGAGCGACGAAAUGCUGACACCGUCACCGGUGAUCAGGGACAAACUCACUGUUCUCUGCCGAGCCAAAACAAGGUUUCGAGAGUGCACGCAAAAGACCAGUCAGAUUGUCCCUGCAGUUAUUUAUCAAGCCAAGCGUGUCUUACGUCAAGCUCCUUGUGCAAAGGCAGUGCAGCGGAAAGCUCACAAAAUUUUGGAACUAGGCGAAUCCUCACGCUACAAGUUAUUACUACGAGAAACAAAAGAAGAUGUGUAAUGCUCUUUCUGAUUUCAUGAGCACCCUCAUGCUGGAGGGAGCCUCUUUUCAUGAUGAAGCCAUUGAAAUUGUACAAGACAACUGCCACAUUCUACCAAACUCAAAGGCCCACAGCAUGCGCUCCGAUACGAGGCGAAGGGGCACUUCUUGUUGUGGACUGGUGUGUCGAUGGGGUGGUCCAGCUCCAAGGCUCGCGCCAAUGACACCAAAGGAAUGCACAAAGCUCUGUGACGAUGAUGAUUCGAGAAUGGAGGACUUUACUCCACUGUUUGACUUUAAUGAGGUGAUGGCAUUGGCCGCCACGAACCAAGUCCAUGGCGCGGGCGGCUCGAGGACAGAUAUGGGUGGUUCCUUGCACAGCUCGUUCUCGUCACUUUGUUCGGAUAGUCCACCUAGAUCACCUGUGCGAAAGGCAAGCAUCACCCUUGAAACCUGCUCUAUUCCGAUUGAAGAACUCAGCAGACUGAAUCUUGGCGACGGCAAUGACAGCGACAGCAGCAGUUGUUGCAGCAUGGAUGAUUCAAACAUUAAGCUACUAGGAGGUUUGGAUCGAUGGUCUAUGGCCGACAGUUUUUUGAAUGCCUCCAACGCAAGUUUCUUUGACGACAGGGGCGACCAAUUUGCAAUGGAGUGCGGUCCAACUCCUGCAUCAUCUAAUCUUGGGAGUCAUGAGGAGGAGCCUCUCACAAAGUUGAAAGACUCUGCUGAAUGCACUCCUUUAAGAUCCCGAUGGGCAACAUCGAAAGUCGAAAGCAUAGUCCCCAAUGUGCAAGCAUCUAUGAUGGCAUAGAACAGAGGCGGGCCAUCACUGCAUAAAGACAGUACAUUUGCGGUGUGGCUGAUAAGCUAAGAAUAAUCUCACUACUUGCAUUAUU